AUGGCAUUCAUGAAGCUCGGAUCAAAGCCUGAAGCUUUUCGUCGAGAUGCCCAAACAUGGGUUUGUACAACAGGACUUCCUAGUGAUGUUACCAUCGAAGUUGGCGAAAUAUCUUUUCUCCUCCAUAAGUUUCCAUUGCUUUCCAGAAGUGGGCUACUGAAGAAACUCAUUGCAGAGUCCUCAAAGGAGGAUGGAUCAAGUUGUGUUUUGCAGCUUCAUGAUGUUCCUGGGGGAGCCAAAACAUUUGAGCUUAUAGCCAAGUUUUGUUAUGGUGUAAAAAUAGAAGUCACAGCAUUAGAUGUAGUAAGCCUCAGAUGUGCAGCUGAAUACCUCCAAAUGACUGAAAACUAUGGUGAAGGGAACCUCAUUGCACAUACUGAGGCUUUUCUCAAUGAAAUUUUCAGCAAUUGGCCAGAUUCCAUAAAAGCCCUUGAAACAUGUGAGGAAGUGCAACCCUUUGCAGAAGAACUUCAUAUAGUUUCUAGAUGCAUUGAUUCUUUGGCUAUGAAGGCUUGUUCAGAUCCAAACUUAUUCAACUGGCCUGUGGCUGGACGUACUUGCAUGCAAAAUCAAGCAAACCAUGUGUUAUGGAAUGGAAUUUCUUCUGAGCUACCAUCCCAAUGUGAUGACUGGUGGUUUUAUGAUGUAUCUUUGUUAAGUUUACCCCUAUACAAACGACUGAUUAUAUGCAUUGAAGCAAAAGGAAUGAAAUCUGAGAAUGUUGCUGCAUCUCUUAUAUAUUAUCUUAGGAGGUUUCUCCCCUUGAUGAAUAGGCAAUCAAGCUUCACCGAUACAAAUCAUUCGAGCAUUCCUACAACUUCUGAAGCAGACCAAAGGGCUCUACUAGAAGAAAUUGUGGAGUUGAUUCCUAAUAAGAGAGGGGUCACAUUCUCCAAGCAUCUGCUCAGGCUGCUCCGCACAGCCAUGAUAUUACAUGCAAGUCCAUCGUGUAGAGAAAAUUUGGAGAAAAGGGUAGGAGCUCAACUAGACCAGGCGGCACUUGCGGAUCUUCUCAUUCCAAAUAUGGGAUACUCGGGUGAGACCCUCUAUGACAUAGACUGCAUUCAGAGGAUUCUUGAUCAUUUUGUGUCUAUAUACCAGCCAGCAUCCGUUUCAGCUUCUCCGUGCAUACUUGAAGAGGGGGCAUUGAUAGCUGGGGCUGAUGCAUUGACACCAAUGACAAUGGUGGCAAAUUUGAUUGAUGGAUAUCUUGCUGAGGUGGCUUCAGAUGCUAAUUUGAACUUGACAAAGUUUCAGGCACUUGCUGUUGCAAUUCCAGAUUAUGCUAGGCCACUUGAUGAUGGUAUAUACCAUGCAAUAGAUGUAUACCUUAAGGUACAUCCAUGGCUGACGGAUUCUGAACGGGAGCAACUUUGCAGAUUGAUGAACUGUCAAAAGCUCUCAUUGGAAGCCAGCACACAUGCAGCACAAAAUGAAAGAUUACCUCUCCGAGUAAUAGUUCAAGUCCUGUUCUUUGAACAGCUUAGACUCCGUACAUCAAUAUCUGGCUGGUUCUUUGUUUCUGAGAAUCUUGCGAACACACAAAACCACAAUAGAAACAAUAGUACUUGUCAACUGGACUCUGCAGAGGGAAAUGAAAACUUGAGGGGACGUCUUUUGGAGCUGGAGAAGGAAUGCUCAAGUAUUCGAAAUGAGCUGCAGAAACUUACAAAAACAAAGAGAAGUUGGAGCAUUUUUCCAAAAGGGUUUGGCUUUAGAAAAAGGUCAGAGCGUUGCAACCCAAAAGAAUCAAAUGGCAGUGAUGCAAAGACACCAUCAUCCAGUUUGAAUGGAAAACCAAAUCAUGAAAGUGGUUGA